GAUUAUAAAUUAAAGAGGAAGAUGUCAUUGUUGUCAUUUGUUAACUCUCAAACAUAAAUUCAUCAUCAUUUUUAAUUUAACCAAUUAAAAAAACUAUACUAUCCUAUUCAUUUAAAAGCCUUAAUCAUCUACUUUCAAAAAUGGCUAAUCCAAAAUAUGCUGACCUGCCAGGAAUCGCUCACGAUGAGCCCGAUGUAUACGAAACUUGUGAUCUUCCUGAAUCGGAACAAACAGCUGAUUUUUUCGAAGAAGAAAAUGAUCCUAUCGAGAGGAUUCAUCUUUCCUCAAAUGAAGCCUUUAAUAAAUUCAAAGGAAAAUAUUUGGGAUCGGAAAAUGUUGAUUUUUCGAAUAAAAUUAGCAAAAAAAAUAGAAUAGGUUAUGACGCUCGAAGCGGAGAUUGGGAGUUAGUUGGACCUGGGGAAAAUGAAACAUUAAUUCAAAAGUAUAAUAGAUUACAGUGUGAAUUGAAAGAAGUGCUCGAAGAAGUUAAUAAACUUAAAAAUGGUAAAAAGGAAGAAAGUGAAAAUUGUCUUGUAUCUAGCCAAAAAGUAGAACAAGCAUUGAAACAAUUGGCCGAUUUAAAAUUAGAAAAUACUUUAGGAGAGGAACUUAUUCAAAAGAUAUCAGACCCUCAAGGAGUACAAAUUAAAAAACUUUUAUCCCAAUUGGAACAGUUCAAGGCCACUAUAAAUGAGAAACCAGAAUCUGAAACAGAAGGCAAUGAAUCAGGAAUAGUUUAUCAAUUCAAUUAUAGACCUGAAAAAUCCCGGCUAAUUCAAACUACCAGAUUAGCAGAUUUGGAAACUAGGAUUCAUAAGCUGGAAUCAGCUAUUGGAAUCCCCAGUGAUAAAUUAUCCAGAUUGACAGCAGCUACAUCCAAAAAGAGCUUAUUCGAAGUGGCCGAGCAUCUAAGUGCUACAGCUAGUCUCUUGGAUUCUUCUCAGCUAGACCACAUCGAGGGAAGAUUAGGAGCCAUGGCACAGAAAUUAGAGGCCAUUGCAGAAAAGAAAAAGCAAGUCCAACAAAAUGAAGAAAAAGACAAGAUGAUUUUGGAAUUAUUUGAUUUAGUUAAGAAUACAGAGAGUGUAUCAAAACUGUUGCCUCAGACAAUAGACAGACUCAAAUCACUAGAACAGUUACACAAUAAAGCUGCCAAUGUUACAAAAACUAUAGCACAGAUUGAAGUGGCACAAGCAGAAAUGAAAGGACAUGUGCAAAAUAACAACAUGCUUCUACAGGGUGUCCAGGAAAGUUUUGCUACUAACUUGAAUGAAAUUAAUUCUACUGUCAUUAGUUUGGAUGCAAGGAUUAAAGCUCUCAAAAACAAAUAGUUGAAUUUAUAGUUUUUUUUUAAUAAGAAAAUAAAUAUUAAUUAGAAAUGCUUCUACUAAUUAAAAUUAUUUAAUUUAUUGUAUGUUUAAGUAAAUUAUUAACUUUUUUAAUGUUCAGUUGGCGCAUUAGAAUAAAAUAUUCAGAUACAA